AUUUGGCCAAAAAUUUAAUUUUUUUUAAAAAACGGACUAGUCGGUCUGUUAAAUGUCAAGUCAUAUUUAGGGAGUCUUUAAACGACUCCAUUUUCACACAAAGACACGUUAAAAAAAAAUUGUUGUGCGCUACGAAUGUUUUAAGCGUAGGCCAACAUAUUUUAUAUAUUCUAACUGCUACUACCACAACUACAAAUACAUAUACAUAUAUAGCCAUCAGCAGCAAAGAUGACACUGAAGGUGACAAAGCUGGCGCUUUCGAGUCGCCUCAUCAUUCUGGCCGUUCAAAUGCUGGCCAACUGGAUUGUGCCAGAUCAUAAGCCGGAUGUGUUUCGUAUGCCAAUGCCCACACCGAAUGCAACAAAUCCCGACCACUACCUGGACAAGCUGGUUAUGCGCUGCUUGGGCGGCUUGCGGCACUGGGAUGGUGAAUACUUUCUGCACAUUGCCAACUAUUUGUACACGUAUGAGAAUACUCUGGCAUUCUAUCCAUUAUAUCCGGUGCUUGUGCGCAACUUGGCCGCAGCUUUGGAGACUUUCAAUGUGCCCAUUUCGAUGCAUGCGCUGACUCUGGUCGUCGCUGUCGCCUUGAAUGUGUGGCUCUUCUGCGAGGCUGCCAAUUAUCUGUACCAGCUGACGCAGCGCGUCUUCAAUGAUCUGCACAAGAGUUGGAAUGCAGCGCUCGUUUUUUGCUUUAAUCCGGCCAGCAUUUUCUUCAGUGCCGCCUACUCCGAAUCGCUGUUCACCUACGCCAGCUUUAUCCUGAUGCUGGAAUGCGUCCGGGCCAAGCAACAAUUCAAUUUUAUGCGCAUUUGCGCCAGCUUGGCCGCUUGCAUUAUGUGCCGCUCCAAUGGACUGAUUGCCCUGGGCUUUCCCCUGUAUUUUUUUGCGCGCCACAUUCUACUGACGACGAACGUGAAACGGUGCCAACAGGUGAUCAAGAUGGCGCUGGCCGUGCUUAUACCGCUGGCCAUAUUGCAUGCCUAUUACUUUUACAUAUAUCGACUCUACUGUAUGCCCGGCAUCAAGGUAAAGCAUCCGCAGCAGGUGCUGCAUUAUGCCAGCGAACGGAACUAUCUGCUUGCGGGACGGGGACCGAAGGGAUCGCCCUGGUGCCAAUAUACGUUGCCAUUCCCUUACAGUUACGUGCAGUCCACCUAUUGGGAUGUUGGCUUCUUGCGUUACUAUCAAUGGAAGCAGCUGCCCAAUUUUUUACUAGCAUUGCCCAUGCUCGUGUUUAUGCAGUGGCAUUGCUGUGAUUAUUUGUGGUUUUUGGCCUCUAAGAUUUGGCCACAGGUGGCCAGCUGGCGGGAGCCACUCAAGUCACAAAAAUCGCUGCCAUUCGUGCUGCACGGCGCGUUCUUGACGCUCGUCUGUGCUCUCUUCGUUCACAUUCAGGUGUCCACGCGCUUGUUGGCCUCGGCCACGCCCAUUUUCUAUUGGUUUGCUGCAGAUCAUAUGCCCAAAUCGCUGGCGCAUCUCUCGCUGCGCUCGAAGGCGGGCGCCCUGUUUAUCUGGUGCACCACAUACUGUGCUUGCGGCACCGUCCUCUACUGCAAUAACUUUCCCUGGACAUGAACUCGAAACUGGAAUUCGAACGCCAUGAACAUAUGUAUAGAAGCUAUUGGUUGCCAAAGAGACUGCAUUAGGAUUGGAUUAGUUUGUAGUUAUUGUUUAUAGGCGAUGUUGACCACCAGAAAAUCGAAAGCAAUUCUCAUUCGCUUGCAAAUUAAAUUAAAUAAAUGUUUGAAACCGAUUUUUG